AUGUCGUCCGCUAUAAGCAAGGAGGUGGCCAUGCCUCCGGAGUUAUACCAGCGACUGAACUCGGAUCCUCGAACUUUGACGCCCGGUCCCUCUCGCGAGCCCUCUCGGUCCUCGGAAAUUCCCUCUGGACUUCGGCUCGGCGACAUCCCUACGACCAGCUACCUCACCGCUAGCGCGUACGCGACUCCUGGCCUAGAAAAGGACGAUCCAUUCGGGCAGAGUCGUAGAGUUGGGCAGUUGGCCAGGAGAGUACACGGUUGGAGUUGGCAGGCUUUUCCGGUGGGGAUGGGUACAGGCGCCGUCUACGUUGCGCUGAGCGGGCUGGACAUCAGCCAGAAACUUGAUACCUGGAGCGACAAAGUCGAGACGGUCUUCUUCUUCCUCAAUCUGCUACUUUUCGUAAUCAACCUCUCGACUCUGGGCGCGCAAGCCGUGCUAUACCCCCGUCAGGCUCGACGCCUCAUCACAGAUCCCUCCAAGAACAUCUUCGUCCCCCUCGUAGUCCUGUCUUUCGCCACACUAAUUAUCGGUACAAUCAACUACGCCGUCGUCCCAGGCCUCAUCCACGCCGACCUUGUCUACGGGCUCUUCUGGCUCUACGUCGCACUAGCAGUGCUAGUAACGUUCCCGCUACUGAUGCUAUGGUUCAACCGACCGCACGACAUCUCGACAUUCACGCCCGCAUGGAUGUUCCUCAUCUUCCCGCUCAUGCUCGUGGGCGUUGUAGCAUUCAACGUUCUCAAAAUCAUGGACCCCUUGGAUUCGCGUACUGUCGGCGUACUCUACGUCGGGUACUUCUUUCAGGGUAUCCCUAGUUACGAUGUGCUACAUCGCGAUCUACAUACUUCGGCUGAUGAUGGCAAGUCCAGUCUCUUCCGCCAUCAGGCGAACGGGGCCUUCGUGGCGUGCGGCCCACCCGGCUUUACCGCGCUCGCAUUGAUCAACCUCGGUGCACAAGCGCGCAAGAUCCUCCCAGCGCACAACCUCGUAUCCGACCUCGCCGGCGAAGUCUGGUACGCCUCCUCAGUCCUAUGCGCCUUCCUCCUCUUCGGCCUCGCCAUCUUUCUCCUCGUCUUCGGCGCGCUGCCCUACUGGUUCAAGCUGCACAAACACCUCCACGAGAUCCUCGGCUGCUGGGCCCUCACUUUCCCAAACGUCGGCUGGAUCGGCUCCCUGGGCGCAUUGGCAGAUGCGCUGGGCAUACCAAAGUUGAGGAUCGUGCAGACGGUGUGCGCGUUGAUGCUUGUGGGCGUUUGGGUCGUGUUGGCGGUGUUGACUGUUGUGGCGUUUUGGAGGGGCUUGAUAUUGAAGAGUCAUGAGGAGAGUGUGUUGGCGGAUACACCACAGGAUAAGGGCGGGACGGGUGGUGCGCAGGCGGAGGUCUGA